AUGUCUGAUACAAGUCUAAUAUGAAGCAAAUAUUUACUAAAGUUUUGGGCCCGGGAAUAUCAGAGUUAAAAGUUUUAUCUCACAUUUCCAAGAUUAUGAUAGAAAUUUUAUGUAUCUUAAACUUGCUGGGAGGGCUUGUCUUUUCUUAAUAAUUAGAAAAAGUCAAUUUUUCCAGGGCCCAUGUCUAGCUAGUACAGGGAGGAGUUGUAUAUGUAGACGAAAUCAUAUAUUUGAGAUAAAACAGUUCUUCAGUAUAAGACAACAUGUCUUACGAAUAUAUACCCAACCAUCUCGGAAAUUUGUCUCUAGCAAAAUACAAACGCACUGCUGCGAGGCCAACAGGAGGUUAUCUUGAGUCAGCUAUAAUAAUAAAUUUUCCGUCCUGUUAUGGAACAUUAUCCAACCAUCCCUCAUCAACCUUUUCGCCUAUAUCAAAUCUCUCCGACUCUUCCAUCUCAACCUUCCAGAACCAUCUGUACUCAGACGCCACUCCUCUGUCUGAAAUUUCAAAAAUCUCAAAUGUUUCUAAAAUGCCUAGUCCUUGUUUGAACUCUUCUUCUUCAAAUCUCUCAAAAAUCUCAAAUUUAUCUCAGUUUUUAAAUCCUUCGAAAGAAUUAAAAACUCUCAGCUCUCCCAUCUACCAAACAGCAUUUAGAAACAGAAUAAAAUCAGGUUCUCUUGGUUCUGAUUCUUCUGAGUUAUUUUCUCCGUCUGCUCCCACAAUUCUCAACCCUACUCCGGUCCUGAUUCAACCACAUGAGUUCUCCUAUACCCCUGUAUCUACUGGAUGUGAGUUAGUGCGGACUACUGAGGUACCUAGAGAAAACUACUCUUAUGAAACCCCUGGAAAGAGUGCUAGAUAUAACUCAGAACCAGGAACUGUGAUUAAAAGAUUUGUGAGUAUGGAAGGGCAAAGGAGAAAAAGAUUGCGUAAACUUAAAGUAGAUAAGGUAACCCGGAGUUUCCUAGAGAUGGUUUACAAUGAGUCCAAAUAUCCAGGUUCAAGGAUGAAGAGAAGAUUAGAACUCCAGUGUCACCUCGACAUAGAGACCAUUCAGAUAUGGUUCAGCUCCAGGCGGCAAAGAGAGGUGAGAUGGAAUAAUAGAUCUGAACAAUAAGAAGAGUACAGAAAGUACAGAAAGUACAGCAAGUACAGCAACUAAACCUACAGCAACUACUUCAAGUUUAGCAACUACAUCGAGUACAGCAAUUACAUCAAGUACAGGAACUACGCCAAGGAGAGUAACUAAAUCAAGUACAGGUACUACACCUUCAGCAACUACAUCAAGUGCAGAAACUACAUCAAGUAUAGGAACUAUACCAAGUACAGGAACUGUAUCAAGCACGGGAACUACAUCAAGUACAGGAACUACAUCAAGUACAGGAACUACAUCAAGUAAAGGAACUUCAGAAAGCACAGGAACUACACCAAGUAAAGGAACUAUAGCAAGGAUAGGAACUACAUCAAGUACAAGAAGUACACAAAGUACAGGAACUAAAACUAUAGGAACUAUAUCAAGCAAAGGAACUACAGCAACCACAGGAACUGCAUCAAGUACAGGAAUUAUAUCAAGUACAGGAACUACAUCAAGUAAAGGAACUACAUCAAGUACGGAACAACAGCAAGUACAGGAACUAAACCUACAGGAACUACAUCAAGUACAGGAAGUACAGCACUAGCAGCAAAUACAGCAAGUAAAGCAAGCACAUUAUGCUACAGCAAGUGCAUUUGACUCUCAAAACUGAAUAUUUGUAAAAAAGAAAACUUAUAAUAUGUAAAGUUAAAAUUAAAUGUACAUUUUGGUAAAAAUUUCUUAAACUUGCAAUAUGUUAAAAUCUGAGAAUAUGCAAUUUAUAAUAUGUAUAAACAAAGCUUUUAAAGGCGCUUCGCGCCCCUAUAUCUGGUCAUAAUUUUAAGCCUGUUUCUUUCAUAUGCAGGCAUUUACUCCUAGAACACAUUGUUUUAUUAACAAUAACAAAACUGCCUCAUAGAUUCUCUUGCUUUUAUUAGUAUUCAAAAACAAAACUCAUUUGAAAACGAAAUUGUGUACUUCAGGCCAGCAUUAAACCACCAUUAAACCAUGGCAGGUUCCAAACAAAGGAAUAAAGUCUUUGUCACAAACUCUGGUUUUCUAAUCCCUUUUUCCAACUCAUUGUCGUAGAUCUUUGAUAUUUCAAACAAUUAAGAAUAUUGAUCAAAUAACCUAAGCUUUACAUAUCAAAGAUUUACAAGUGUAUCAGGUUGCACAGAUGUAGGGAUUCAAAAAUUUGAGUUUGUGGCGCAGGCUCAAUUUCUUUGUGGCGUUAUCCGGUAAUCAGGUUGUUAUCAGUGCAGUUUAUUACAGCUUUAAAGGAAAACAAAUAUUCCAUGUGGCAUGUCCAUGUGAACCUUGAUAUAUUCAGAGAAAAGGCGACAUGAUCAAUUGUAGUAUUUUAAGAAUUUGAUGCAUGGUUACUCCUACCAAACUCUUCACCCCUUUCUCUGGGUCGUGGCAGUAUAUAGAACCUGGAGAUUGAGAUUAGUGCACCAGGAUCUUUGAACAGUACAGACCUAGGGCUAAUCCUCCGCUUAAAAAAUAAAACUAUGAAGCUGA